AUGGUUAUUAUCACCAAACAACAACAAUUUAAUCAACAACAACAAUAUAAUAAACAACAACCAUGUAAUAUCGAAAAAUCGAACUUGAUCCUCCCCACCUCAUGUGUUAGUCCCAUCUGCUACGACUAUUAUGCUUCACCACUACCACCGCCCUCACUUCAUUCACCUUCUUCGGCACAUCAAAAUUGGCGACAUCAAAAUAUUUCAAAUAUUUCAAAUAAUUUAAGUACUCCAAACUCAUCAUCUUAA